UGGCGCCUCCCGGGAGGGCGGUGGCGUGGCCCGUGGGUCGCGGACGGGGAUUCGGGGAGGGGGGAGGUCGUUCUAGCCGUGUGCCCCCGUCUCCGGUGCAAACGCUGGCGCGCCGCUCCCGAGACCCGGAGGAGUCCGCUCCUCCCGCGUCCCUGGACCGCGGAGCCUAUCUCUUACGGCUCGUCGCGCGCGCGGAGGUUGCAGCGCACCUGCGGAGAUCGCCCCUGCGGAGAUCGCCCCUGCGGAGGGCAUACCUGCGGAGAUCGCCCCUGCGGAGAUCGCACCUGCGGAGGGCGUACCUGCGCGUGAGGAGGAGGAAGGGCAAGAUCCAGCCUGAGUGACCGGCGCCGCAGUCUCUCCGCGUACGGGUGGCCCCCCCGGGUCAGGUGAAGCUCCCCCGUCUUUACUCUUGUCCCUUACCCCAGCGUGGGCCACUGGCUGCAAGAUGAACUGCCGCUCCGAGGUGCUGGAGGUGUCGGUGGAGGGGCGGCAGGUGGAGGAGGCCAUGCUGGCCGUGCUGCACACGGUGCUCCUGCACCGCAGCACCGGCAAGUUCCACUACAAGAAGGAGGGCACCUACUCCAUCGGCACCGUGGGCACCCAGGACGUUGACUGCGACUUCAUCGACUUCACCUACGUGCGCGUCUCCUCCGAGGAGCUGGACCGCGCCCUGCGCAAGGUCGUCGGGGAGUUCAGGGAUGCUCUGCGCAACUCCGGGGGUGAUGGGCUGGGGCAGAUGUCCUUGGAGUUCUAUCAGAAGAAGAAGUCUCGCUGGCCUUUCUCAGACGAGUGCAUCCCCUGGGAAGUAUGGACGGUCAAGGUGCACGUGGUAGCCCUGGCAACGGAGCAGGAGCGGCAGAUCUGCCGGGAGAAGGUGGGCGAGAAGCUCUGCGAGAAGAUCAUCAACAUUGUGGAGGUGAUGAACCGGCACGAGUACCUGCCCAAGAUGCCCACGCAGUCGGAGGUGGACAACGUGUUUGACACAGGCUUGCGGGAUGUGCAGCCCUACCUCUACAAGAUCUCCUUCCAAAUCACCGAUGCCCUGGGCUCCUCUGUCACCACCACCAUGCGCAGGCUCAUCAAAGAUACUCUAGCCCUCUAGGCCUCGCUGGAGCCUUGGGCGCUCCUUGAUGGCUUGUGGACCUUGGCUUCUGGGGAUCGUACUGUUAGGCCCUUGGGGCUCUGGAGCCUGCGCCGGGUCCUUGAUGAGACUUGGAAGGGCCACCCCUGGCUUCCUUGUUGUGUGGUUGCCAGUCUGGUCAUCCUCGUCACCUUCACUGACGGUCAAGUCCGGCCUACACUGUCUCUCCGCACCCCUGGUGGGGGUCCCCUUUCCUACACUGUACAGAGGAGCUGUCACUAGAUGGUGAAUAAAGCUGAGAAGUGAGUUUGGUUGAGCCAUCUCUCCCUUGGCUGGCGUUGUGCCCUGAAACAGUAACACUUUUGGCAGACCUGCCAGGACACACGUGUGUGUUGAGGGCCUUAUUCCAAGGUGAGGGGCGUGGGUGGAUGGGAUUAAAGACAGAUUAAUGCU